GGCAAUGAAUUAUUUAUCAUUUCAAUGGGGGUAUAACCGAUAAAAAAAAGAAGUCACUAAGAAAAACAGUAACUCACAUAGCUCUUAUUUUUCGCUUUAAUGCUAUUCUAAAGGAGCAUUGAGUAGUGUUCUUGGUCCUUUCGUUUUCCAAACUUUGGAAUUUUGUUGGCGAGUGUUGUGAGGGGGCUUAUAUUAUUCAUUUUGGGCUGCUGGGUGUUUUUUUUCUUUUUGGAGGAGUUGACCUAAACGGCUAACUCCAAUUCGGUGUCUUAUUUGGAGAUUCUCUGGUGUUAGGCAGGGAUUUGGAGGUGCUUCUGAAGUGGGUUUGGGUGCGUUUUUCUCAAUGGGGUAUGUGCAAAUGAAUCUGGUGAUGAUUGAUGGAUUCAAAGCAAGUUUUUUUUCCUGAAAUGUUUAGUGGGUUUUCUUUGAUUUACAUGUUGAAGAAGAAGCUACAUUUGGGUUAAUUUUCAAGGUUUGACCUUUUGGGAAAGAGCUGGCUUGAGCACUUGAGUAAAAUUGGGUUUUGGAUUUAGAUUUAGAAAGAGCCUUCUUUGAUGCAGGGUCAAAGUAAAAUUGGGUUCCCUUGAGUUUCCAAUUCUGAUACAGUGUUAAAGUAUUUCUCUUUGGAUUCUGGAAUAGCUGAUGUUCUGCUGCUGAACCUGUUUUCAUUUCCACUGUGAGACAAUGGCUUGCGUGAAACUUGGAUCCAAAACUGAUGCGUUUCAAAGGCAAGGGCAAGCUUGGUUCUGCACAACUGGACUUCCUAGUGAUAUUGUUGUUGAAGUUGGAGAAAUGUCCUUUCAUCUUCACAAGUUCCCUUUACUCUCUAGAAGUGGGGUUAUGGAAAGAUUAAUCGCAGAAGCAUCUGACGAAGAAGAAAAAUGUUCCAUAUGCAUCCGUGACAUUCCUGGGGGGACCAAAACUUUUGAACUUGUGGCGAAGUUCUGCUAUGGGGUGAAACAUGAACUUACUGCCUCAAAUGUUGUGUACCUUCGAUGUGCUGCUGAGCAUCUAGAAAUGACUGAGGACUACGGGGAAGGUAAUCUUAUUGUGCAGACUGAAACCUUUCUUACUCAAGUAGUCCUUCGAAAUUGGAAAGAUUCUCUCAAAGCACUUCAAACAUGUGAUGAUAUUAUCUCUUAUGCUGAUGAACUGAAUAUUACAAAAAGGUGCAUCGAAUCGUUAGCCACAAUGGCAUCUACUGAUCCCAACGUAUUCGGGUGGCCCAUAAUGGAACAUGGUGGUCCUAUGCAGAGCCCUGGUGGAAGUUUGUUGUGGAAUGGGAUAACUACAGGGGCCAAACCAAAAAAUACAAGUUUGGAUUGGUGGUAUGAGGAUGUGUCGAAUUUAAGUUUACCUCUUUAUAAGAGAUUGAUUUCAGCCAUGGAGGCUCGUGGUAUCAGAGAGGAGAUAAUUGCUGGCUCAGUUGCUUUUUAUGCAAAAAAGUACCUACCUGGUUUGAUCAGGCGUCAAGGUGCUAAUGAUUCUAACUCUAAUGCCUGUCUUGCACCUGUGGCCUUAGGGGCUCCUCUAUCGGAAGAAGAUCAAAAGAUUUUGCUGGAGGAGAUUGAUAGUUUGCUUCCUAUUCAGAAAGGUCUUGUCCCAACCAAGUUUUUGUUUGGACUGCUUCGGACAGCAAUGAUUCUCCGAGCAAACCCAUCUUGUUUAUCUAACUUUGAGAAAAGGAUCGGGCUGCAGCUUGAUAAAGCAACUCUGGAAGAUCUACUGAUGCCUAAUUUCUCUUAUUCCAUGGAAACACUUUACAACGUGGAUUGUGUGCAGCGAAUUCUUGAGCAUUUUCUUGCCAUGGACCAAAUCACUGGUGGAGCCUCUCCAUGUUCGGCUGAUGAUGGUCAGAUUAUUGGCUCACCGUCAUUAACACCAAUUACAAUGGUAGCCAAGCUAAUUGAUGGGUACCUUGCGGAGGUUGCCCCUGAUGUUCAUUUGAAGCUCCCCAAGUUUCAGGCUCUUGCUGCUUCAGUUCCCGACUAUGCCCGGCCGUUAGAUGAUGGUCUAUAUCGUGCUAUAGACAUUUAUCUGAAGUCACACCCUUGGUUGUCGGAAACUGACAGAGAACAACUAUGCCGGCUGAUGGACUGCCAGAAGCUCUCCUUGGAAGCCUGUACCCAUGCUGCACAAAAUGAGAGGCUGCCACUGAGAAUAGUUGUCCAAGUCCUGUUCUUUGAACAGCUUCAGCUUAGGACUUCAAUCGCUGGUUGCCUUUUGGUCUCAGACAAUCUUGACGGAUCACAACAGUUAAGAACUGGUUUUGCAGGGUCAACUGACGGAGGAGGGUGGGCCUCAGCUGUGAGAGAAAACCAGGUUUUGAAGGUAGGCAUGGAUAAUAUGAGAAUGCGGGUUUCUGAGCUUGAGAAAGAAUGCUCGAACAUGAGGCAAGAAAUCGAGAAGCUAGGGCGGGUGAAGGGUUCUUCUAGCACUUGGGGAAAUGUAUCGAAGAAAUUCGGAUUCAAGUUGAAGUCUCAAAUGUGCAGUGCAGAAGAGGAUUCAAUAAGCAACCAGAAGAAUGUAGGUGGACAGAUUGAGAAAGUGAAGGGCAUGAAAGGAAAGCACAAAAAGAAGUCAAGUAAAGAUGAAUAAUGCAAUCAAUCACAAUGGUUUUUUGUUGUUUGAUCUCAUUGUUGUUGUUUCGUUGUACCUUUAAACUUCGUUAUAAACCAUAACUUCCCACCUUUGAUCCCACUGU